CAACGACAUCGUGCUCAUGUUCAAAACCGGCGCCUCCGUCCUCUGGAAACGCGUCCCCAUCCACCUCACCACCACCCUCGCCCCCACCCGCAUCCCCCCGGCCAACAUCCUCCUCUACUCCGACAGCCCCGAGACCAUCGGCGCGUGGACCUUCAUCGACGUCCUCGCCAAUACGACCAUCAACGACCCCGAGAUCGCUCUCCCCUACCGCCAACAGGCCGACCACGACUUCCGCCAGAACUACGCCGAGAUCAACAACGUGUAUCCGGGUGAUAACUCGGGCCCCGCGGGCGGCUGGAAGCUCGACAAGUACAAGUUCCUACCGCUGGUGCAGCACGCGGGCCGCGCCCGCCCGGACGCUAAAUGGUACAUCUUCAUGGAGGACGACGCCUACCUCUUCCUACCUAACCUCCUCGCGCACCUGGAGCGCUUCGACCACCGGCAACCCUGGUACUUGGGCAGCGUCGCCUGGAUCCAUGGGGACUAUUUUGCCCACGGCGGGUCUGGGUUUGCCAUUUCGCGCAAGGCGUGGGAGAUGGCGUUUGGGGAUGGGAAAGUCAAUAUCGAGGAGAAGUAUGCUGAGUUCACGGCGCAGCAUGGGUGCGGAGACCACAUUCUCGGCCACGUACUGAAAGAGAGUGGCGUGGGGUUCGGAGAGCAUCCGGAGGUCGAAGAGAGUCGCUUCAGCUACGGGUUCAAUCCCGAGGCGCAUUGGACGAGCUGGUACGAGCAGGAAAAUUGGUGCAGGCCCGUGUUCAGCUGGCACCAUACGCACAACCGCGAUGUGGCCCGGUUGUACGAAUUGGAGAUGCGGUGGGGCGACGUGCAGGCCCGGGGCCCCAUCCGGUACAGGGAUGUGUACGAGGCGAUGGUGCUGCCGUACUUGCGCGAGAGAGUGGAGUGGUGGGAGAAUGGCGCGGCCAAAUACGAUAUCCGCUCCAGUAAUGUCAAGGCAGUGACGGUGCCAGAAACCGUCACCAAGCCGCAGGCCUGGAAGGAGGCCUGGAUGUCGGUGGAUAAGUGCGAGGCUGCCUGCGUAGCGUGGGGCGAGUGCGUGCAGUGGAGCUUCUAUGAGGAUCGAUGUAUGCUCGAUAGUAUGAUCCGGCUGGGAAGCGGGAUCCCCGAGGGCGAUUCCAGGCGGCAGAGCUCGCUACCGUGGACCAGUGGCUGGUUGACGAGGAGAGUCGAGCAUUGGAACUCGGCCUGUAGUGACCUGUAGUGAGUAGGCAGCAACGCCGGUAGUGCGGUAGAUGCCUGCAUGAGAUUACCCGAUCGGGAAAUGUUGUAUAUACCCCAGCAGAAAUAAAC